AUGGAUGAAUCCGAACGCCGAACCGUCAAGCGCUCGCGCUUCGACCAAACAGAACCAGAACCUAAGAGGACAUCGCGAUUCGACCGCCGCUCUCGUUCUCCUCCGUCGCGUCGCUCUGAAUCUGGCAGAGACCGCAGCCCCGUCACGAAAGACGCAACCCCCGAGACGAAGAAGUCUCCAACUGAUGCCGCUGCUGCUGCUGCUGCCGCUGCUGCUCGAAUCAAUGCCUCUCUUCAAGCUCGUAAAGGAAUUCAGCAUGUCGACGUCCCACCCAUCAGGUCCGCCGACACCGAAUCACCACCGCCGCCAUCAACUUCGACUCCCCAGACUUCGAACAAGAUAGCUCCUCCGCUCGACACGGAGAUGUACGUUGCAGAUGGUGACUACAUUCAAGAUAUCGAAGUUAAUGACUUGAGGAACCGUUACCUCCUGACCAAGGGGGCGACACAAAAAAUGAUCAAAGAUGAAACCGGUGCCGAUAUCACCACCCGGGGCAAUUACUAUCCUAACAAGACCAUGGCCACGGCCGGUAAACCCCCACUGUACCUCCACAUCACGAGCACGAGCAAGGCUGGCCUUGAGGCCGCUGUCGCCAAGAUCAACGAACUCAUUCAGCAGGAGCUUCCUCAGCUUGUUGACGAGAGACGUUUCCGCCGCCGAGAUCAGGAGCAGGUUGAGCGCGACGAGUUUGGAAGACGUAAAUGGCCCGAGGAGAAGAUCCCGAUAAGCUUGGAGCCUGUGCAUGGUUUCAACCUGCGUGCUCAGGUUGUCGGACAUGGCGGCGCUUAUGUCAAGCACAUCCAGCAAGAGACCGGCUGCCGUGUGCAGAUCAAGGGCCGAGGAUCCGGAUACCUUGAGGCCGCUACCAACCAUGAAAGCGACGAGGAUAUGUUCCUCCACGUCACUGGACCCGACGCCAACAUGGUCGAGAAGGCCAAAGAGCUCUGUGAGGACUUGAUUGCCAAUGUCAAGGAACAAUAUGAGGAGUUCAAGAGCCGCCCGCCUCGCUACGGCGGUGACCGCUACGGAGGAGACCGUCAUGGAGGCGACCGUCACGGAGGCGACCGAUACAACGGCGGCGGUGAUCGUAACCAUUCCCACGGUGGCUCACAUGGUGGUUCUUACGGCGGAUAUGGUGGUUAUGGAGCUAACACAGGCGGUGCUGCCAACAGCCCAGCACCUGCUGCCGGCGUGAGCAGCCCAACUAACGCCGCUGACUACGCCGCCCAGUACGCCCAGUACUAUGGCACCACAGACCCUUACGCUGCCUAUGGCGGUUAUGCUAACUAUGUUGCUAUGUAUCAACAGUACUACGGUGCUCAGGCUCAGGCUCAAGCACCCGGAGCUCCCGGCGCCACUGGACAAUCGGCGUCACCACCUCCUCCGCCCCCAAGUGAAGCGGCUCCUCCACCUCCUCCGCCCAGCUCGGCACCCCCACCUCCUCCACCUUCUGGACCUCCACCCGGAACUGGAGGUAGCUAUGGCUCGGUCCCUCCCCCACCCGGACUUUAG